AUGCGCACAGACGAAAUGAACCCACCUCAUCAGGAUGUGGAAGCUCACGCGUUAUCGUACGAAGAGCCCCAGGGUAAGCGGCAGUCAGCUCAUGCUGUAGGCGCAUCUCCGAACGCAGACACAACCACCACUGCGGCCACCACCACAAGGCGGCCGACCAACUUUAAGCGGCAAAAGUCGCUCGUCAGACCCGAGCGCGAACGUGUUGACCGCAACCAUCCCCAGUAUCACUACCGCAACGCCACACAAAACCUGGAUGGAUCUAAUAUUCGAAUCCAGGCAUCGACCACUGGCGCUGAUCCCACGGGUGCCCCGGUGAAUCGGACGGGGGGCGUGCGUCGCGGUAAGAGCGUCCUUGGCCGUGAGCCAGAGAAACCCGGUCAACCACGCCUCAAGGCAAAACCUAGCACGAGCAAGCGCAAAGGGUUCGAGGGGCUCAAAAGUUUGAAACAAGAGCGGGAAUGGCCCUCCAAGUGGGUCAUUUACUACAACGCCCUUACCUGCUGCUUCCCAGCAGCGCUUCUCAAGUCUUGUGGCAUGCACACCCUCGAGAUCCAGAGGGCAUGGCGCGAGAAGAUUGCGUUGGUGUCACUCAUUGUCAUGAUGGUCUUGGCUGUGGCCUUCUUGACGUUCGGAUUGCAACAGGCGUUGUGCCAGGACGAUCAGUCAGGAAAGUUCGUUGCUGGGUCUCGGGACACGGAUGUCAUUGUCCAAGGCAUGGGCUACUACCUUCAACCAGCAGAUUUCAUGCAUCCGCCUAUCGACAAGGAUAUCUCGCUCGAGUCCGUCGACAUUAUGAACGUCCCAACGUAUGGAGCCAAGGGCAUGGAUGCUUCGUUCUUGUUUCAGGAGGCCGCUGGUGGUGCUUGCCAAGAUUUCAUCGUCAGAAAUACCCCAGCUGCCGCCAAUGACAACCAGGCGAACUACUACUUCCCAUGUGUUAUGCGCAGCAUUGACGGCAUCACUCCAGUAAAUGCAACAGUGGAUAAAAGUGGGCUCGGUUGCCACGCAUCCCAAGCAGACCGUAACGCCUGGAGGAGCUUGAAGAGCAAAUACAACUCGCCUGCUUACUAUACCUGGGACAACAUUACCAACCCCGACCGCAACUUCUUUGCUUACGAUGGCGAUGUAAUCGACGCAGACAUUCUGAAAUGGAUCAAGCCUGAGUAUUCCGUGGCCGACGGUAUUUCUGCGCUCCGCAACGGAUCGGUUGCCUUGCAGAGAGAUCUCUCAUUCUUGUUUGUGCAGAGAAAGAUGACCAAGCUCGGUGGCUGUCUAAAGCAGAUUGCCAGGGUUGGAGCGAUGGACUCCAAGACCAUUGGCUGCAUGACAUCGGAUGUUAUCACCUAUGUUUCGCUGGUCAUUAUCUUGGGCGUCGUCUUCAUCAAGUUUUUCUUGGCGGUUUUCUUUGGUUGGUUCCUGAGUCAUCGUCUGGGCGGAUUCGAUAACGAGACCUACCAAGAUCGCAUGAAGCGAGCGGAGCAGAUUGAAGCCUGGAGUUCUGACAUCAAUCGACCAGCGUUUAACACGAAACGACAGACUUUCUUUCCGACAACAUCCCGCUUCACGCCUUCUACACCUACGGGGUCUUCCCCUGUGUUGGCGAACACUUCUCUUGGCCAGCCUAGCUCGCGUCCAUUGUCGACCUUCAACCGUCCUACUAGUGUGUUCAAGCCAUACACCCCACCAGGUUCUCCUGGAGUCAAUCCAGCGUUCUUGUCAGCCUCGAGCUCGUCAUUGAACAGAAACUCGUAUUUCAAUCCCAUGGGUCCUAACGGUACACCUCCACCAUCGCCGCCACCACUUCCAAGCGCCAUGAGGCCCUCCAGUGUGGCGAGCUUUGGCCAUAUGCGUCAGAUGUCACGUCGCUCGUCUACCUCAUCCUCCACUGCAACCCAGCCCUCGAACUGCCCCCUUCCUGUCUCACCAUUCACCGUUCAACAGCCCCCUGUGUCGUAUCAGCCUUUCAAUUUCCCGUUGAUUCACACCAUGGCCUUGGUCACCUGUUAUUCUGAGGGUAUUGAUGGACUGCGUACGACUCUCGAUUCGAUCGCGACGACAGACUACCCCAACUCGCACAAGCUGAUUGUUGUUAUCUGCGAUGGUAUGAUUAUUGGAGCCGGUAACAACAUGUCGACUCCCGAAAUCUGUCUGUCCAUGAUGCAGGAUGACCUGGUUCCACGCGAUGAUGUGAUUGCGCAUUCGUACGUCGCGAUUGCGGACGGUACCAAGCGCCACAAUAUGGCCAAGGUGUAUGCCGGAUUCUAUAAGUACGACGACGAGACCGUGCCAGACAAGAAGCUGCAGAAGCGCGUGCCCAUGUGUCUGAUUGUCAAGGUUGGAGGUCCCACGGAACAAAACCUGCCUAAGCCCGGAAACCGUGGCAAACGCGAUUCCCAGAUUAUCUUGAUGGGCUUCUUGCAGCAUGUUAUGUUUGACGAGCGCAUGACUUCGUUCGAGUACGAGCUCUUCAACACGAUCUGGCGCGUCACCGGUGUCGCUCCUGAUCGAUACGAGAUUGUGCUCAUGGUGGAUGCUGAUACCAAGGUCUAUCCCGACUCUUUGUCCCGCAUGAUUGCUGCCAUGGCUCACGACCAUGAGAUCAUGGGUCUCUGUGGAGAGACUAAGAUUGCGAACAAGACGGACUCGUGGGUGACGAUGAUUCAGGUCUUUGAAUACUAUAUUUCGCAUCAUAUGUCCAAGGCUUUUGAGUCCAUGUUCGGAGGUGUGACCUGUUUACCCGGAUGUUUCUGCAUGUACCGCAUCAAGGCACCCAAGGGUCCCAAUGGCUACUGGGUGCCCAUUCUGGCAAACCCGGAUAUUGUCGAGCAUUAUUCUGAGAACGUUGUCGACACACUUCACAAGAAGAAUCUAUUGCUGCUGGGAGAGGACCGAUACCUCAGUACACUCAUGUUGAGAACUUUCCCGAAGCGCAAGAUGAUGUUUGUGCCCCAGGCGAUCUGUAAGACGGUUGUGCCGGAUACGUUCAAGAUUUUGCUGUCGCAGCGUCGUCGCUGGAUCAACUCGACAAUCCACAACUUGAUGGAAUUAGUCCUUGUCCGUGAUCUUUGCGGUACCUUCUGCUUCUCUAUGCAGUUUGUUAUUUUCAUGGAGUUGGUCGGAACAGUCGUGUUGCCUGCUGCUAUCUCGUUCACGAUUUACCUGGUGACGAUCUCGAUCUACCGCGCCAUUUCGCAUGACCAAAAGAUUCCCGACACGACAGUACCACUGCUCUUGCUGGCCGCCAUUCUGGGCUUGCCCGCUGUGCUGAUUGUGAUGACCUCUCGCAAGAUGGUGUACGUCGGCUGGAUGAUGGUGUACCUGUGUUCGAUCUUUGUCUGGAAUUUUGUCCUGCCCGCAUACGCCUACUGGCAUUUCGACGACUUCUCUUGGGGACAAACACGUAUGGUUGCCGGAGAGGUGGCUGGUGCUGACCAUGGUGGCAAGGAGGGUCAGUUCGACAGCUCACACAUCACGAUGAAGCGCUGGGGAGAGUGGGAGCGCGAGCGUCGGCAAAAGGCGGCUAUCUUGGCAGGACUGCCUACUCCACAGUUCCAGGUUUCGGAUUCGGGCGAGGAUUGGGUCGGUCAGGCCCAGAUCCGCGAGGAAGAGCUGUCGGAUGGAAGCUCCAACUCUCGCGAGAGUGCCAGACCAUUUGCGGGUAGCCGGCAUAUGACUCAGGGCUCUUCGGGGUCUGGUUACCAGUUGACAGAUCCUGGCUUCCCUGGCACGCCGCCUGCAGCAGGCAUUGAUGCGAUCCCAUUGUUGAACAUGCAUGCGCCAGCACCCGGAGGCACCAUUGGACGCCAGCGUGUGUCGCAGUAUAACCCAUACUCUAGUGGAAGCCCACCCGAUCGCAUGUCGACGUUCAUGCCGCCGCAGCGCCAGUUCACGUCGUCGCCUAAGCUAAGCAGUAAUUUGGCGAACUCGAGUUACACUCCACCUCCUCCUCCUCCCGGCGGACCACGCCUGAGCUCGAUUGAUACCAGGGCACCAUCGCCGAUGCUGAUGAUGGCGGCCGGUGCUUCCAGGAACAACUUGAACAACUCGUCGACGGAGCAGCAGCAGCAAUAA